GUCUUUAACGUGCUUAAACGCGACAUUGACUGUUAGAGGCGGAUAGACAUGCUGCUCCGAAACUGCAUGCAGCAGAGGGUAUUUGGAUUGGUCUGGAGAACCACACCUGUCCACUGCUGUAGGCAUAAUGUAGUGAUUGCUGGGAUGCACAAUGGAAGCUGGUCAAUUGUGUCGCUGCGAGGAAUGUGUUCAAACCCCAUGCAGCAUCACAGUGUCCACCCCCAGCAGUCCUCCGGCUGGUCCCUUAGCGAGGACCCGCUGCCUUCCCUGCUCCACCUGGGCUUUACUGAAGGCCAGGCUCGACAGCUCCUCUAUGAACAGUGUAAAGGUCAUCACGGUCACAAGGUCACGAUGCACCUAUGUGGCGUUUCAACACUAAUCUCUCUGGGUAUGAGACCUUCAAACAUCCUGAAGAUCCUGCAGAAAUGCCCUGAUCUUUGUAGAGUGAAAGGUGUCCAGAUGCAACAGCGCGUUGACAACCUGCGCAAACUGGGUCUCGUUGAAGGGAGCCUGCAGCGAGUGAUUAGCUACUACCCAAAACUGCUCACCUUGACCCCAAAGAAGGUGAACGUGGUGUGUCGCUUCCUGCAGGAGAAGUGCCUUUUCACCACCCAGCAGGUCACAGAGAUCCUCCGGAACUUUCCUGCCACCAUGGUGGAAGAUUUCGAACAACUAGAGUACAAAUUUCAGUAUGCCUACUUCCGUAUGGGACUUCGGCAGGCUGAGAUGCUGCAGUCUGGGCUCUUCCGUGUGUCUCUGGUGGACCUUCACUAUCGUCAUAGUUUCCUAGAACGCCGUGGGCAGUACCAGACUCCUGACAAGAAGGGCCAGACCCGCAUUGUCAACCCCAGACCCAAGGACGUCAUUGGUGGGUCAGAGUAUGCUUUCCUGUCCCAAGUUGCUAAGGCAACACAAGAGGAAUUCAGAGUCUUUCAGAAGCUAAUAUUAAGGGAGCAGGAGGAGGAAGAGCAGCAAGAGGAGGAGCUGAGCGGCGAUGAAGAAGUCGAGGAAUCAGGAGACGGAUGAAGAGAGCAAGUUUUGAUAUGAAGACAAUUAAAAUACAGACUAAAGAAAAGUCACACCAUAGCCUUUUUGCUGAGUGUUCUUAUGGUGAAAGUCAAGCUGUUCAAUCUUGUUUCCUCAACUUGUAAUGGAUAGUUUUCUCCAUUUCAUUUUCAAUUAUGACUUAUGUGACUGUGCUGUACUGGACCAUAACAAAAUUAGUAUAAAAUGUAUACCAACUCUCGGUUGUGAAAGUAAGGGAGAAAUUAAAAGGUGAAAUUUAUGACUAAUUUUUUUUAAUAGCAGUCUUUAGAGGAGUGCUUUUUCCAUCACUGCUGAUCCUAGGUGGCACACACGGGAUAGAAAGACCAGACUCAGUUCUUCAUGAUAAACAGUGGGCACUUUGAAAGGGACGAGAGAAAGCCAAACAGUAUACAUACAAGGAGUGGGUGAUUUUCUUCUUUCCAGGCUACAGCACAGCCAUCGUCCAGAAGUGUCUGUAGUUCAAGCAGAUGAAAAAUAAACUGUCUUGACCGCAAGGCUUAGAAUUUGCUCCCCUACUGAAAUGGAUGCUGCAUGAUAUGGAUAACCAUUUCUGUGACAGCCCUUCAUUAAUUGCUCAGCAAUUGGCUCUGAGUGGGAGAAUCAUUCUCUGAAUAAAUUUUAUGUAGUAUUGUUAAUACAUUCUUAGACUGGCUGUUAUAUGGCACUUCUGUAGCUACAAGCCAUUGGUACAUGAGGCACAGCACUGCCACAUAAUGGUCAGUCUAAGAAUAUACUGAUUGCACUACAUAAAUUAGUUUUUGGUUAAUGUAGCUUGAUGUUUUUUAAAAUUAUUUUGUUCUGAACUGAAAAAAAUGUUUUUAUUGCCAUAGCCAAGACUUUUAAAGAUCCUAAUAUAUAAAUAGAGGGAUAUCUGUAUUAUAAAGCUACUGUUCUCUUGAAAUGUUGAAAAUGGGCAGAAUAUGACAAGUACUGCAUAUAGUAUGUUUAUAUAAGAUGGAUGAUUUGCCAGCAGCUGGAAUUUAGUAAGAUGUUGUAGUGUGGUUUUUAGAUUAAUUUUAAUGUGGUUCAACAUUAAU